UUCACAAACACAAAUAAUCAAUGGCUUCCAACUUAUUAUCAGAAGAAAACUUUAAUCGUGAACUAUAUGUAUACAUGUCAAAAGUAGCCGAACAAGCCGAACGUUACGAAGAGAUGAUGCAAUUCAUGGAGAAACUAGUCUUGAAAACAACUCCACAAACCGAACUAACUCUAGAAGAACGUAACUUACUAUCCGUUGCCUAUAAAAACGUUAUAGGGUCGUUACGUGCGGCAUGGCGAAUGGUGUCGUCUAUAGAACAAAAAGAAGAGUCUAAGAAGAAUGAAGAACAUGUUAUGGCUGUUAAGGAUUAUAGGUGUAAAAUUGAGGAUGAUUUGUCGGAUAUGUGUGAUAGGAUGUUGAAGAUUAUUGAUAUGAAUCUUGUCCCGAGUACGAUUAGUAGCGAAACAAAAGUGUUUUAUUUGAAGAUGAAAGGGGAUUAUCAUAGGUAUUUAGCUGAGUUUAAAGUUGGUGAUGAAAGAAAAUUAGCUGCUGAGGCUACUAUGAGUUCUUACAAAGCUGCUCAGGAUAUCGCAGAGGCUGAUUUGUCGACAGCACAUCCGAUAAGAUUGGGCUUGGCACUAAAUUUUUCAGUGUUCUACUAUGAGAUUCUGAAUUUACCAGACAAGGCUUGUGACACGGCAAGACAGGCAUUCGAGGAAGCCAUAGCUGAAUUGGACACACUCGGUGAAGACUCAUACAAAGAUAGUACUUUGAUUAUGCAGCUACUGCGGGACAAUCUCACUCUUUGGACUUCAGAUGCACCGGAUCACUUACAAGAGCCAUAGAUGCGGCCGCUACCCAACACUACAAGUUUUAAGAUUAGUAUGCAGGCAUUAUGUCAUUUCUAUCAGCUACUUAAACUGUUUAUCUGAACGUUUUAUAUUUCACAUGUCGACCCAAGCAAGACUAUGAUGUUAGCAAGUUCACAUAUUCAUCUAUGUUUUA